CCCUCUAUAAAUGCAUGCCUCUCACCACUCUCCCUCCAUUGCCAUUUCCCCUACUCUCUCUCUCUCUCUCAACUCUCAAGCCAAGAAUUGUCAGGGACACGUAGCCAUGAGGACGAUGGUUGCGGCGCCGCCGCCGUCGCCGGCGAUGGCUGUCUCGCCGUGGCACUCGCCGGUGCCGUACCUGUUCGGCGGGCUGGCCGCCAUGCUGGGGCUCAUCACGCUCGCGCUCCUCAUCCUCGCCUGCUCCUACUGGAAGCUCAACAGCUACCUCGGCACCGGCCACUCUUCCUCCGCCGCCGCCGCCGCCGCCGCCGGAGAUGGAGGCGACGGCGAUGGCGGCUCGAAGUCGCCGGCGACCGCGGUGGCCGCGUUUCCGGUGGUGUACGGGGACCUCGUCGCCGUCGUCAUGGCAGGGGAGAGGAUGCCCACGUUCUUGGCCGCGCCGAUCGUCCGUCGACCGCCGUCCACUGACACCUCCUCCUCCGCCGUUGCCGAGGUGGCCUCGCCGGAGAACGGAUGCGACGCGGCGGAGGGAGGCGCGGCCAGCCGGCCACCUCCGCAGCCGGUGGCGGCGAGGCAAGCCGUACAGCUAGCUCAGCUCUGAACUUCCAACUGUAAAAAGGAGAAUUUGUGGGGGCCUUUUCUGAUAAUUUUUUUGUCUCCUUUUUUCCAAAUCGUACUCUUUUUUUUUCCUAUUUUCAUCUCUACUAGGAUUGUAAAUAAUAUAUUGGUGAGAAUUCAGAUGAAGAAUAAUUUAGUUGGAGAUGAAAAUAUGAUAGGAAUGUUGUAGAUUCUCGUCGAGCAAAUAUAAUUAAUCUUCGAACAA